GUGUUAAAGAAAAUCACUCUUUUUUGUGUAUUACUGUGAUUUAUGCUUACUAAUGCUGCGGAUGAAACAGAAGAUGAACUUGUUUUCACAAUGCUUAUUACUAGACAUGGAGCAAGAAGUCCUACUGACCAAGUCCCAAGUGAUGCAUCUAUUACAUCAGAUUCUUUCAAAAUUUAUCUUGGAGAUCUCACUCAUAGCGGAGAGCGUCAACAUUACUUGGAAGGAACAAAAUUCAAAAAGAUUUAUGCUGAAGAUGAGGAAAUUAUCGACAAAAACUUCAAUCCAAACGAGUUCUAUGUUGAGAGUACUGACUUCAACAGGACAUUAAUGAGUGCUUAUUCCCAAAUGUUGGGGUAUUUUCCAAUUGGUUCUCUCCCAGAAUUAAGCAAAGCCCAUACUACAAAAGCCAAUCCUCCUUUUAAGUUUAAUGGAGAUAACAAAGUGACCAAGAGAUUGAGGAACAAAGCCACGGAGUCAUCAUUCCAGCCUGUUCCAAUCCAUGUGUCUGGGCUUGAUGAUAUAAUGAGAGCUAUGGAUAAGGAUGUAUGUCCAUACCAGUCAGUUUUGAGGAAGCAGUAUACAGAAACAGAUGAGUGGGAAGAACUCAACAAGAAAUACCAACAACUGUUAUUCCCUGAACUACACGAAAAAUAUGGAAUCAAAGAGGAAAAUCUUGACUUUAGUGCAUCCUAUACUUAUAUUGAUAAUUACUACAGUGCUUGGUUCGAACAAAUGGAUAUUGAAAAGGAGCUUUCUCCUGAAGCAAAAACACUAGUUGAUGAGAUUUUGAGAGACGGACUCUACGAAGGCUUUUAUGGAUUAGAUUUAGCUGUUAGGCUAGCUACUACUAGAUUCUUUGACUUUUUGAGACAAACUUUGGCUUAUAAAAUUAAUGCAGUCCUUGAAGUGAAAAACACUCCCGAGUUUUAUAAAGAAAUCAAAUACAUGUAUUUGUCCUCUCAUGACACAAGUCUUACUGCCAUUAUGAGUGGGUUGCAGCAAAAACAGGAUGAGCCACCAUUCUUUGCUUCAAACAUCAUUUUUGAGCUAAGAAGAAAGAAAAACUCUAAUGCUAACGAUAAAAGUGAUUUUACUGUUACUGUCAAAUGGAAUGGCAAAGAUGUCAAUCUCGGAGGUAAAGAUAUCUGUGAAAAUUCUGCUUGUCCAUUUCCUAUAGUCAAUCAAUUCCUUGAGAGCAGACUUUAUGAUGGAAACUUAGAUCAUACCUGCAAAUAUGGACCUUCGUCAACAUCUAAAAGCUCUGCCUGGCUGUUUGUUUUACUUGCGAUAGCUAUCUUUAUUGCUCUCUCAAAUAUUGGUUACUUUGUGAUGAGAUCUAUCAAUAAUAAAAAGAGAAACCAAGGAGGUAAAGCAGGCUAUAAUGGAUUUGAAGAUGAAGAGAACUCCUUGAAAAAUGAUAUCAACAAAUCUAAAUCAACUAUCUCAGCCACUUCAAGAUAUAUGGAUGAGAAUAGUGAUUAAAACAGAUAAAAUUUAGAAUUGUUU